AUGCCUGUUCCACGCCAGGUUUAUCUGCUCCCAUUGAGAGACGAUGGCUCCCCAGACGUGCCCGGGGGUUAUAUCUACCUUCCUCCUCCCACCAGUCCUCCGUACUCUCUUCGCUUCGUGGUCGAGGGAAGCAGCUCGAUCUGCAGGGAAGGAAGGUUGUGGGUGAAUAUUCCUGAGGAUGGGAAGCCCUUCAAUCGCUCGGUAUUCCGGAGUUUUAGGUUACAUCCAGACUUCAAUAAGAACAUCCAGAUCGAUAUUCCCAUCACUUCUCCAGGAUCUUUCGCGUUUUACACUGCCUACUCCCCGCUUCCGGACUUCUCCGUUGCUCCGGUUGAGACGUCCGAACCGGUCAAUAGCCCAAUACAUUACAUUGAUGUUGCACCGAGACUAACUCUUGGUGGCCGUGUCCUUCCUCUCAAUGCUCUCUCAAUAUUCUCUGUGAUCUCUAAGUUCAUGGGUAGAUACCCAACGGAUUGGGAGGAACAUUUGAAUGGGAUCGGCCAGCGCAACUACAAUAUGGUUCAUUUUACGCCCUUGAUGAAACGCGGAACCUCAAAUUCCCCCUACAGUAUUUUUGAUCAACUAGAGUUUGAUGAGGCUCUAUUCCCCAACGGAGAGGAUGAUGUAAAUCAAAUGGUUAAGAAUAUGGAAGAAAAUCACGGGCUCCUGUCGCUAACGGAUGUUGUAUGGAAUCACACUGCUAAUAACAGCAAAUGGCUUGAGGAGCAUCCUGAGGCUGGUUAUAGCGUCGAGACAGCACCAUGGCUUGAGGCAGCAUUGGAGCUAGACACUGCUUUGUUACAGUUCGGGGAAGACCUCCAAACUUUGGGUCUUCCAACGGAAUUCAAGACUGCUGAUGACCUGAUUGUUGUGAUGAAUGUACUUCGUGAACGGGUUAUAGGCGACUUGAGGCUAUGGGAGUACUAUGUGGUUAAUGUUAAAGCGGACACCCGAAGGAUCGUUGACAACUGGGCCAAGUCUCCAGAGAUCGAUUUGGAAAGCGAUCAAUGGUCACGGUUUGCUCUCAAAGGCUUCAAAAACCUAAGUUUUAAGGAGCAGGCGAGCUUCAUCCGUGAGCACGCAAUACCAACGUCCAAAAUGAUACUUGGAAGGUUCUCUCGGGCAGUUGAUGACCACCUCGGUGCGGCCAUUUUAACUGCGCUGCUUGGUCCUGGGGGUUCCAACCAUGAUGAAGCAGAGAACAGAUUCACUCAAUUGCUCGAUGAGGUGAAUCUGCCUUUUUACACAGAAUACGAUGCAGACGUAUCCGAAAUAAUGGAGCAAGUCUUCAAUCGCAUCAAAUACCUGAGAAUAGAUGAUCAUGGACCCAAGCUUGGUCCUGUUACUAAGGAGAGCCCACUUAUUGAGACAUAUUUCACAAGACUGCCCGUCAACGAAAUUACUAAGCAGCAAAAGUCGACGGCACUUGCACUUGUGAAUAAUGGGUGGAUAUGGAAUGCCGACGCGUUGCGGGAUAACGCUGGACCGGACUCGAAAGCCUAUUUGCGACGGGAAGUCAUUGUGUGGGGUGAUUGUGUGAAGCUAAGAUAUGGCAACUGCCCUGAGGACAGUCCAUUUCUUUGGGAGUUCAUGACUAAAUACACUCGCUUGAUGGCUAAGUAUUUUUCGGGAUUUCGGAUUGAUAAUUGUCAUUCCACGCCGUUAGGGGUCGCAGAAUACCUGCUGGAUGAGGCACGAAAAGUUCGACCCAAUUUGACGGUUUUCGCUGAGCUCUUCACGGGCUCCGAAGAAGCUGAUUAUGUUUUUGUCAAGCGACUAGGCAUCAAUGCACUCAUUCGGGAGGCCAUGCAGGCCUGGAGCUCUGGUGAACUAAGUCGUCUUGUACACCGCCAUGGAGGACGCCCUAUUGGCAGUUUUGACCUUGACUUGCCCACUGCAGGGAGCAGCCAUGCUAUAGCCUCUGCAGGAACUGAUAAUCAAGAAGAAGCUAUCUCUCAAAUACGCCCGUGUCCUGUCCAAGCACUCUUCAUGGAUUGUACACACGAUAACGAGAUGCCGGCCCAAAAGCGAACAGCGGUAGAUACAUUACCUAAUGCUGCAUUAGUUUCGAUGUGCGCCUCAGCUAUUGGCAGCGUCAUGGGCUAUGAUGAAGUAUAUCCAAAGUUGGUUGAUCUCGUCCACGAGACACGGCUGUAUUCCUCAGCGUUUUCAGGACCUUUGAAGGGGGAGCUGGGCUCUGACGGUGGCAUCGGGAGUAUCAAGAAGACUCUGAAUCAGCUUCACACUAUGAUGGGGGCUGAUGGAUACGAUGAGACACAUAUUCACCAUGAUGGAGAAUAUAUAACUGUUCAUAGAGUUCACCCAAAGACACGGAAGGGUAUAUUCUUGAUUGCACAUACUUCUUUCCCCGACCGGGAUGGUCAUCCCAUCCUAGCACCGACUCAUCUCACCGGGACACGAGUCAAACCACUUGGGGCAUGGAGGUUGGAAGUUGAAUCCGGGGAAAACGCCAGAGCAGAAGUCUUGGCCGAUAAACACCACUUACGGGGAUUGCCUAGCGUAGUCCGAGAGACUAACGCAGUUAAGGUAGAGGAACGCGGGGAUGAUACCAUCAUUUCUGUUUUAGAAUCCUUCGUGGCGGGGUCAAUUGCUCUUUUCGAAACGUCCAUCCCGACAGCCGAGCAUUCCACAGGGCUGGACCGUUACAUUACUGAAGGUGCAGAUCAGGCAUUCUCAAAACUCAGUCUGGUUGACCUUAAUUUUGUACUCUACCGCUGUGAAGCCGAAGAAAGGGAUUCUAGUGACGGUCAGGAUGGAGUAUAUGAUAUACCCAAUUAUGGGCCGUUGGUUUAUGCAGGUCUUCAGGGAUGGUGGAGCGUCCUGGAGAACAUCAUUCGAUACAACGAACUGGGACAUCCGCUCUGUGAUCAUCUCCGGCAAGGCCAGUGGGCCCUUGAUUAUAUCAUAGCCCGUUUGGAGAAGGUGGCACAAAAAGACGGAUACAAUGCUCUGAACGAUCCGGCAUCCUGGCUACGGGACAAAUUCAAUGCCGUUCGUGAGCUACCCAGCUUUCUCUUACCGCGGUAUUUUGCCAUUAUUCUCCAAGUCGCGUACAACGCUGCCUGGAAGCAGGGCAUCCGGCUUCUUGGAGGGAGUAUACAGAAGGGACAAGAAUUUGUUCAUCAACUAGGCAUGGUCAGCGUCCAACAAACUGGUUACGUAAAAUCCGCAUCCCUAUGGCCUACGAAAAGAGUGUCAAGCCUUGCGGCUGGUCUUCCCCAUUUUGCUGUGGACUGGGCUAGAUGUUGGGGUAGAGACGUUUUCAUAUCUCUUCGAGGCUUACUUCUCUGUACUGGCCGGUUCGAUGAUGCCAAAGAGCAUAUUCUCGCAUUUGCUAGCGUCCUCAAACAUGGGAUGAUCCCUAAUCUAUUGAGCAGCGGAAAGCUUCCUCGUUACAAUUCUCGAGAUUCUGUAUGGUUCUUUCUCCAGGCUAUUCAAGAUUACACCACAAUGGUUCCAAAUGGUAUAGAGCUCCUCGGCGAGAAAGUUUCCAGGAGGUUCCUGCCGUACGAUGAUACAUGGUUCCCCUUCGACGACCCUCGUGCGUAUUCUCAGCAUUCAACAAUAACGGAGGUCAUCCAGGAGGUUCUUCAACGACAUGCCCAAGGACUGUCAUUCCGAGAGUAUAACGCUGGCCCUGAGCUUGAUAUGCAAAUGAAGCCUGAGGGUUUUCAAAUCGAUGUCAAUGUUGACUGGGAGACAGGUCUGCUAUUUGGAGGUAGCCAAUUUAAUUGUGGGACCUGGCAAGACAAGAUGGGGGAGAGUGAGAAAGCCGGAAACAAAGGAUUUCCUGGCACACCUCGAGAUGGCGCAGCCAUAGAAAUCACUGGGCUUCUCUACAGUGCUUUGACUUGGGUUGGAACGUUAUAUGAACGGAGACUUUACCCGCACGGAGGAGUAGAUAUUGGGGAUGGCAAAUCAGUCACGUUCGGAGAUUGGGCUGCCAAAAUUAAGAGCAACUUCGAGCGUUGCUAUUACAUCCCCGUGAGUCCCAAUGAAGACAGUCGAUAUGAUGUUGAUACAAAGGUUGUCAACCGCCGUGGUAUCUACAAGGAUUUAUAUAAAUCCGGCAAGCCCUAUGAAGACUACCAACUUCGGUCCAACUUUCCCAUUGCUAUGACGGCUCUAACAGCGCUUGCCCUUGCGGACAAAGUUCUGCUUGGCCCAGUUGGUAUGGCUACUCUCGACCCAUCUGAUCUCAACUACCGUCCCAACUAUAACAACUCAGAGGACUCUACGGACUUUACCACUUCCAAGGGAAGAAACUAUCAUCAGGGGCCCGAAUGGGUGUGGCAGCGAGGAUACUUCCUUCGUGCCUUCUUGCACUUUGACCUAGCUCGCAGGACAACACCAGAAGGACAGACAGAAGCUUAUCAGCAGGUCACUCAAAGCCCUUGGAAAGGCCUCACAGAGUUGACAAAUAAAGCCGGUGCACACUGCUUUGACUCGUCGCCCACGCAAGCAUGGUCGGCGGGGUGCUUGUUAGAUCUUUACUACGAUGCUUCAAGAUAUGCCUCGAAAGCAGCUGUAAGAAUUAAUAUAUCUCAUUCUUCUUGUCUAACAGCGCAACGGGACCUUACUCUUCAACACAUGUCUGUGACAGAGUCUGCUGCGGCAGCCAUAAUAACGGCUGCAAUUAAAAAUGACAAGCUUGGGGGCGGGCAUGAGCCAACAUGGGGCGACCAAGCAAAAGGGCAACGUGAUCUCUAUACCCAGCUCAUCAUUAGUUUGACAUUGGGACUAAGUGCUUUCUUGUCUUUCUGUGUCCUGCGACCGAAAUGGACGGAGCUGUACGCCGCACGAAGACGACAACGUUGCGCAGCUUCGCACUUACCGGAGCUUCCUGAUAGCUUUUUUGGAUGGAUACCAGUGCUCUACAGGAUAACUGAAGAGGAAGUAUUACACUCUGCCGGCUUAGAUGCGUUCGUUUUAUUGUCGUUUUUCAAGUUUGCGAUCCGAUUUUUGUCAGCCGUCUUCAUGUUCGCCGUAGUUAUCAUACUUCCGAUUCAUUACAAGUAUACCGGAAAAAGGGGGAUCCCGGGCUGGGAUGACAACGAUGAUAAUGCUCUCGGUGGGAACAAGGACAAGAUGCCCGUGACUGACCCAGACUAUUUGUGGAUGUACGUGGUAUUCACAUAUAUAUUCAGCGGACUAGCGGUCUAUAUGCUACUUCAGGAGACGAACAAAAUCAUUCGUAUCAGACAGAAGUAUCUCGGCAGUCAGACUAGCACCACCGACCGGACUAUCCGCCUUUCAGGUAUUCCCCAGGACAUGGCAUCUGAAGAGAAGAUUAUUGAAUUCGUGGAGGGCCUUCAGGUUGGAAAAGUUGAGAAUGUCACUUUAUGUCGGGAUUGGCGCGAAUUAGACCGCCUCGUCGACGAGCGGUUGCAAAUACUACGGAAUCUUGAACGAGCGUGGACUAAGCAUCUCGGAUACAAACGACAGACUGGAGAUGAUAGCACGUUGCCGCUGGCACAUCAUCGGCCGCGUGGUUCGAGCUUGUUCUCUGAGGAUGACAGCGAGCGCAUACAGCUUCUUUCAGAGAGUGGACGAGACCACAUUGCGGACUAUGCGCACCGACGUCCUACAAUUCGCUUAUGGUACGGACCGUUAAAGCUACGGUACAAGAACGUUGAUGCGAUAGACUAUUAUGAAGAAAAGCUGCGGAGGAUUGAUGAAGAGAUCAGAGUGGCGCGCCAAAAGCAGUACCCCCCUACCGAACUAGCAUUUGUGACCAUGGAGUCCAUCUUUGCAUCCCAGAUGGUGGUUCAAGCUAUCCUCGAUCCUCAUCCUAUGCAGUUGCUUGCCCGGUUGGCGCCGGCGCCGGCUGAUGUCGUGUGGAAGAACACAUACUUGCCGCGUUCAAGACGAAUGAUGCAAUCCUGGUCCAUCACGGGAGCUAUUGGCUUCUUAACCGUGUUCUGGUCGGUACUCCUCGUACCACUAGCGUAUCUUCUCGAACUGGAGACGCUACACAAGGUGUUCCCACAACUAGCCGAGGCGCUGGCUCGCAACCCCAUUGCGAAGUCCCUCGUCCAAACUGGUCUUCCGACUUUGGUACUCUCGUUGAUGACGGUUGCUGUCCCUUAUCUAUAUAACUGGCUCUCAAACCUUCAGGGAAUGACAUCGCGUGGCGAUGUUGAAUUAUCCGUCAUUUCCAAAAACUUCUUCUUCUCUUUUUUCAACCUUUUCCUUGUUUUCACAGUCUUCGGAACGGCAACGACAUUCUACGAACUGUUCAAGCAUCUUCGCGAUGCGUUUCAGGAUGCCACAACCAUUGCAUUUGCGCUGGCCAACUCGCUUGAGAACUUUGCACCAUUUUACAUCAAUCUUAUAAUUCUGCAAGGUGUGGGCAUGUUUCCCUUCCGGCUAUUGGAGUUUGGAAGCGUUGCAAUGUAUCCCAUCAAUUUCUUUAAGGCGAAGACACCACGAGAGUAUGCCGAACUAUCCACGCCACCUACUUUCAGUUACGGGUAUUCGAUCCCACAGACAAUCCUCAUCUUAAUCAUAUGUGUGGUUUAUAGUGUAUUCCCGAGCUCUUGGUUAAUCUGUCUGUUUGGACUGGUGUACUUUGCCAUCGGGAACUUCAUUUACAAGUACCAGCUUCUGUAUGCGAUGGACCAUCAGCAGCAUUCUACCGGGCGUGCAUGGCCAAUGAUAUGCAGUCGAGUUCUGGUAGGCUUGAUGGUGUUUCAAGUCGCGAUGAUAGGCGUGUUUGCCCUGCGCAAAGCUAUCACACGUUCCUUGAUCCUUGUGCCCCUCUUGGGUGCAACGGUGUGGUUCAGCUACUUCUUCUCUCGGAGUUAUGAGCCACUAAUGAAAUUCAUUGCUUUGAAGAGUAUUGAUCGUGAGGGCGGCGGAAAUUCUUCCCCUUCACCGUCAACCUUUUCUUCUCCAUCCGGCCUCGACCGUGACGCCCUACCAAUCCAAAUCGGUAGGCACGGAGUAGAAGUCAGGCUGAACAAGUAUGUCAAUCCCAGCCUCAUUAUGCCUCUCGAUGGCGCCUGGCUUCCAGGCCGCAGCGUUGGCGAAUGCCCUGGGUCUAUAUAA